UAGCAGGUGCCCGAAUAACAGAGAAAAACAAUGCAUCGAAAAUAAAUUUGAAUUUUUUAAAAUAAAUACAGAACAACAACCACAUUUAUCAUUAAUUUAAUCAACAAGUCCUUGUAUAUUAUUUCAACCAUGGAUCUUUCACAAAAUAAUGGGAACUGGAGUAGUGUCACUGAAGAUAUCCUGAAGAGAAAUUUUCCAAUCCACCGCGCAUGCAGAGACGGCGACAUCGACCACCUGACUUCAUUGUUGUCUGCCGGCGAGGUAGAUCUGUAUGAAGAAGACGAUUUUUACGGAUGGACUCCAAUUCAUUGGGCAGCAUAUUUUGGAAAGCUGGCAUGUUUACGCCGCUUGAUAAACACCUUGGAGACCAAUGGUGUACGGGGCUGUGAGAUAGUCUCAAGCAGGUUUUCUCAAACCCCAGCACAUUUGUGUGCCUUUGGUGGUCAUUCACAGUGCUUGUACUGGCUAAUUCAGUCCAACUGCAAUCUUAUUACCCAGGACUAUAUGGGAGAGACACCCAUACACAAAGCAGCCAGGACAGGAAGCAUGGAGUGUGUUAGUCUGCUAGUGUCACAGGGAGCUAAACUCAGUUUGCGUAAUCAUAGUGGUAACACACCUAGCCAGGUCGCUGCAUCUGUAGGCUUUACCGAAUGUGCCAACUACAUCGAACGAGCUGCCCAGAUACAGUGCCAGGCCUCGGGUGUGUAUGAUGAGAUGAGAACACCAGUAACAAACCCUGCUCAAAAUGGCCUCAACCCCAUCAGCAACCCUUUCUGCAAUGGCAGAGCCUCGCCGGAAGGGCAGUCCAGCAAUCAAAACUUAUUUAUUUCCACAAAUACAUAUCAUUCCCACCCUCAUUUACCAGCAAAUGGCACCACCCACAACCCUGCAGCUCCUUGCUUUGAAAAUGGUGUCAACCAUAAUAAUAACAACAGCCAAUCUGACAACUGUGAUAUGGAGAUGGAUGAGACCUGUCAGGGGGUUCCACAAUCAAUUGGUUUCAUGAAUGAGGCUCCCAAUGGUGAUGUGUUGCUAGAUGCUGCUGUUUCUCAGAAUAUCAAGCCACUGGCCGGGAAGAAGAGAGGGCGCGAAGAAGUGGAAGAUGAAUGCUUCAAGCGAGCAAGAAAUGAUGAGCCCCUUGCCUCAAAAUGCAACCUGAAUGGUUGGCUGUACAACAAUGGUCACAUGACUGAAAAAAGUCACAUGAUUGAUACAGUUCACAUGGCCAAGGCAAGUCACAUGGCCAGGGAUUCUGACAGUAUGAUGGAGCACUACGAUACGGUCUAUGUGCAGCAAGGAUACGACAGCAUGGUGUUUAGUGCAAUGUUUGAGAACUAUCAUGGCUUAUAAGCUGGUUUGGCCAUUCAGCUCAUACAUUUAAUGACUUGUAUGACUUAUAAGCUAAUAUGACUUAUAAAAGCACCUAUGUCUACUAAGCUAUUAUAGCUACUAAGUAUUUAGUUGAUGUAACUUUGUCUCUUGCUUAUAAGCUGACGUGACUUAUAAGCUUACAUGGCUAUGUUGAUGUGACUUAAAAGUGAUCUGAAUUAUAAGCUGAUAAGGCUAACAAGCUGAUGUGACUUAUAAGCCUACAUGGCUAUGCUGAUGUGACUUAUAAGCUGAUCUAACUCAUAAGCUAAUAUGACUUAAAAGCUCUCAUAACAGAUAAACUGAUACUGAUUAUAAGCUGGUAUGACUAAUAAUCUGAUAUUAUAGUGUAGUCAAUUUUGAAUUAUGUAAUACAUUUUUUUCCAUCAUGUUCACUUGUUAUAACCUAUCUUCAAUGUAAUCAAUGUUAAAGCAAUUGUUUUAUUAUAAAUUUAGUUCUUUUUGACUUUGUUCAUGAUACAAAAAUCAUGUCAUUUAUAUUCGGAAAAAGUAUUCAUGACAUUCUUAUUAUAUUAAACUAUUAAAAUAGUAGGCCAAGCCAUACUUGAAUUAUGUGCAAUUUCCUUAAAUUCUGAAGGCGCAUUCAGCCUAUCAUUGUUGCAAUGUUUCAGCAGGAUCUCUAUUAUAUUUAUUGUGCAGUUAAGUCAAUAUACAUAUAUUUAAAGAACAAAAUUCAUAGAGGGAGUACCGGUAACUGUUUGGUUAUGGUGGUGUUGCAAGGUUCAAUACGAUUUAUUUAGAUGAUGUAUUGAGGCAAAAUGUAUGAAGGUUAAACACCUCUAUAUUCGACUUUUCCAGGUUACAUUUAAUUGUGAUUUUACUCAAUGGACAAUUUAGAUUUUACUGCUUUUAUAAGUCACCUUUGUUAAAUCUUCAUUUUUGUCCUAUCACUGUAUCAUUAUAGCAUAUAUCAUUGUUGUCUUUAUUGGCAUGUUAAAAACAGCUUUUUUGAUACAAGUUAAAUAAAUUGUCUUUAUAAUAUAAUCUUUUAAUGUGUUAAUGUGUGUUCAUGUAUUGAAAUGUUUAAAAUAUGAAUAGGGUUUUUGCCUUAGUUUUACAUAAAGGUACAUCAAAAGAUUUCCCAUGCACUGUUUGUUAAUGUAUUUCUCUCUGUUGAAUGGUUCCAUGUUAAAUUUUAAGAAGAAACUUGUAUUUUGAGUGAUUAUGUAUGUUCACUAAAUAGCACCACAGUGUAAUGCUCUCAUGCUGGGCUGUUCAUAAGUUCUUUGACAGCAUUAUCAAUAACGGUGCUGCGACAAAAUGAUUUGUGGCUUUUGCAUCCAAGGCUCAACUUAUUAUUCUGUUUAUAUAAGCAUAGCUCUAGGUAUAAAAUGUGCUAUGAAAGUUAAUUUGAUAUGUAUAUGAAUGGAUGCAUCUCGGUUGAGAACAAUUGCAUGAGGAGUUCUUAGUAUAAAUAGGAGAUUUGUAAUGGUGUUCUUUAGUAAAAAUCUUUGUCAGAGGAAUACAAUCUUCAUUUCUUUUGAAAUUUAAUAUUUAAAUCAGGUUAUGAUAUUGUUUGCCCUUAUUUUACCAUAGUAAUGUGCAGGAAACAUUAUUUUCAUUUUCAAACGGCACAAUCCUCUGGAAAUGUGCUUACUUUGUACCAUUUUCAUUCUUUUUUAGGACUAUUUGAUACAUGGCUAUAAUCUCAUAAAUUGGCCACCAUUGGACAAUUGUCUCUUGUUUUUGGAGAUUGAUCUCAAAAGGAAUGUAAGGCAAUGCAAUUGUGUAUUGAAUAUUUGAAUUGUAUAUCAUUUGUUCUCUUGUGUAGGUGUCUGAAUUUUCUUGCUUUAUUGGAAAACUGUUGAUAUAUAUGUAUAAGUAUGGCAAUUGUUAUUUAAGCUUGUUUGUUUUUCAUAGAACAAAGGUGAGAUAGUGGCAUAGCCUUGGCCAUAACUCGAAAAAAAAAAACUAUUUAAGUUACUCAAAUAGAACUUGGUUUGAGUUAUGCCUCUUUUGAAGGAAAAAAAAAUAACAAAUACGCAUUGAGAUUGCAUGGACAGGUCUCUUGGGGUGAUUCCAGAUUUGCAGUGAUAGUCGCUUAUGCUUGAAUCCUUUUAUGAUUUCCCUUAACCUGCCACCUUAUUUAUUCUCAGUAUAUUGAGAUUGACAUUUUAUAAUUCAUAAUAUUUGCAAAAUGUGCAUUUUUGUUGAUAGGUAAUAUAUAUCAUAUGCUAUAAUAUCAAAUGCAUAGGUAAAAAAUCAAAGUGUGAAUAUUGAAUUCUGUUAACUAUAAUUUUUAAAUUUAAUAAUGUGAAAUCUUUUAUAUUCGUGGAAAUUAAAUUUUGUGGUUUUUCAAAAAAGGGUACUUGAAUUCGUGAGUGUUUUUUUUUUAAUAAAACAAAUCGAAACUGCAAUCAAAUCGUCUGCGAUUUCACCAUGCUUUUUUAAAUGUUCCUGCAAGUCAUACAAAAAACAUUGAAUGCAAGUCAUCAUCUUUUUUUUUAUUAUCAUUAAAGUUGAAAAAUGAUUACCGGGUAUAUAACAUAUUUAUAGUAAUAUGAACAAUGAUUUAGGCACUUACCGUGACCAUGUAUAUUUCAUUUGAAUACAUGUAUACCCUUUUAUAUAGGGAGUAUAAUCUGAGAAUUCAAGGUCCAAUUUUUGUGAUGAUCUUGAAUUUGGAAAUUAACCAACCCACGAAAAACCACAAAAAUUAAUGUCCCACGAAUAUGAAUGAUUUCACAGUAUUACACCUUAGUUUGGUUCUAGAUAUGUUUCAUUCAAAGGUAAAUGCCAUGAUGUUCAUCUUUGUAUAUACUUGCAUAUUUUAACAAAUAGCUUUUACGAACUUAUUAUUUAAAAUUGCACUGUAAAUCUCAGUUUUUUUAUUUUAUACUUGACAAAACUUUGUACCAAAAUUUAAAAAUGAGAAGAAUAAAAAGUUUUAUCAUGUUUUUACGUCUGAAAUGGCAUACAGUUGAAUCUUGUAAGUGUUCUGUUCAGUGUAGUUUUCAAAUAAAAGUGCAAUUAAAAUAG